AGCAUACACGCUGUUUAAGAGAAGAAAAAGCGCAGUCACCCAUUGGGCCACAUGAAAGACUCUCUGCUGUUUUAGAGGGCACGUUUUCCAAUGGUAACCAAGUCACAAACUCGUGGUGGCCUAACUUGCUUAACCCAAUUCAUAACAUUUGGAAGACAACCAACUCUUAGAUGGCCUUGUGGCUUCUGACUAAGCAUUGUUCCAUAUGGAUUUAUCUCCUCCACAAUGCUGGAACGGAUAUCAUCAAAACUAUUUUCUACGGAUUCUUUCCCAAAUGGAGUUUUCCUUGUGGUGGUGGGGUAUUGUACUUAAAAUGGUUCGAAGGCUAGUUUUGGAAAAUGUGAUGUGCUCUUGUGCCUAUUUGUAGUCCUGCUAUAAAUAGGUUUGGCAGGGUACGCAUGCUCAUGUUUGAUUGGAAAUUGCACAGUGCCUUGAGCCGGAGAGAGUGGUGGGUCCUUAUACAAAGAGACAAAAGGAAAGCUAUGAAUGCUGCUAUCUCCCAGAUUUAGACCAUAACAGAUUACAGCCACAGAAGAAAACCUCAUUUGUUUUGGUGGAUGUACAUCAUCAUCUGUUGCCUUCUCUGAGGAAGUUUCUCCUGGGAAUUUAAGUUUGAAAGAGAAACUCUCUAUCUGUUGGAGAAUGAGUUCCAGGAGGCUGAUGACACGCUCCUACUCUGUGGGGGACGGCAGGUCCAGCUCCCACAAUGGAGAUGAUGUCAUAGGGAGUAGCAGAGCCAGCAGCCGCAGCUACCUCUCUGAUGUCAGGCCUGAAAACAGCUACUCCAGUCACAGCUAUUCUCAAUACAGGCCAUCAAGGAGCACACUACAUUGUGUUAUGGCACAUUUAACGGAGGAGACCCAGCCAUCCUUUGAGACGACAUUAAAGUCAAGAGCCGUAUCUGAAACCUGUAGCAUCAAGUUCACCUGUGAGGUGUCAGGUCACCCCGCUCCAGAAGUGACAUGGUAUAAAGAUGAUUUGCAAUUGGACAGAUACUGUGGACUACCUAAAUACAACAUUUCCCGCAAUGGACAAAACCAUUCACUGCACAUUUACAAUUGCACUAUGGAGGAUGCAGCCAUCUACCAGGCGUCAGCCAGGAACAACAAAGGCAUUGUGUCCUGCUCUGGAGUCCUUGAGGUGGGGACGAUGAGCGAAUACAAGAUCCACCAGCAGUACUUCGCCAAGAUCAAACUGAAGGCCGAAAAGACACGCAGAGAGCUGGAGGAGCCCAAGCCGUGGGACAAGGAGAACCACGGGUCUCCUGGUAGUCGGCAGGAAACACUGAGGACCAUCAGUCCAGACCGGUCCCAGAGGAAGCGACGGUCCCCCAUGGACCCCAGCCUCAGUGCCCCCAGCUUUAUGGAGGAUGAAGUGGUUGAGGAGAGCACUCAGGCUCAUGCUGGGGAGGCAGAGGCCAGGCUACAGGACACACCUGUGGUGGGAGAAGAAAAACGGGAAUCUAACAGGGCUGGGUCUUCCAAUGUCAAUAGACAGGCAGCUAUUACAGAAAAUAGCAGCAACAAAGGCCGGACGUAUGUUUACGAUUCAGUGGAGAAGUCUUUUGCUCCACACACACCAAAAACAUCACUGGCCAAGAAGAAGAUAAAGAUCUCCAAUGGAGAGGAUAGUGGGAUGACAGCUGAUAGCCAAGCAGGGAAGAAGCCUGAGGAGAGAGGGAUGAGUAAAGAAGGAGAGGUCAGUGUGACACCUUGUCUGGUUGAGUCCUCACCCUCACUGGGGUCAUCAGAAGAGGCCCUGGAAGUGGAGAGUGCUGUUGAAACUUCAGCCUCAAAGACAGAGAGUGUAAAAUACAUGAAUCAGUCUGAGAGAGCCCCACUGAACAACACUGUGUCAGUAAUGGAAGAAGUGAAGGUCCAAGUGAAGGAGAAAGUACCUGUACAAACCCCACCACACAACGGAGAGCCUAGCAUCCUGUCUCCUUCUACUGGGCUCCUCUCUACAGGGGAAACCGUCUCAGGGAAUAAGAGUCAGAAUGCUGCAGGGGCUCAGGUGACCCAAGAUGUUGGAAAUAACAAUAUUAUGGGGAGUCAGAGUACAGUUCCUCCUGUCACCUCAUCACAACCAAGUCCUUCAGCUAAACUAAAACCACAACCAAGUCCUUCAGCUAAAAUACAACCACAACCAAGUCCUUCAGCUAAAAUACAACCACAACCAAGUCCUCCUUCAGCGAAAUCACAACCACGUCAACCAAGUCCUCCUUCAGCGAAAUCACAACCACAACCACGUCAACCAAGUCCUCCUUCAGAGAAAUCACAAUCACAACCACGUCAACCAAGUCCUCCUUCAGCGAAACCACAACCACAACCACGUCAACCAAGUCCUCCUUCAGAGAAAUCACAAUCACAACCACAUCAACCAAGUCCUCCUUCUGUGACGUCACAGCCACAACCACGUCAACCAAGUCCUCCUUCAGCGAAAUCACAAUCACAACCACAUCAACCAAGUCCUCCUUCUGUGACGUCACAGCCACAACCAAGUCCUCCUUCUGUGAAGUCACAGCCACAACCAAAUCCUCCUUCUGCGAAACUACAACCACACCCACUUCAAUCAAGCCCUUCAGUAAAAUCACAACUAGGUCCCUCAGUAACACCACAACCAGAUCCUCCUUCUGCGAAACUACAACCACAACCACGUCAACCAAGUCCUUCCCCGAAUCUACAACGACAACCAAGUUCCUCAGUAACACCACAACCAGAUCCUCCUUCUGCGAAACUACAACUACAACCACAACCACAAAUACGUCUACCAAGUCGUUCAGAGAAACUCCAAGCAAGUCCUUAUGUGAAACCACAACCACAACAGAGUCCUUCUGCGAAACUACAACCACAACCACGUCAACCAAGUCCUUCCCCGAAUCUACAACGACAACCAAGUUCCUCUGUCACACCACAACCACAAGCAAGUCCUUCAGUAACAACUCCACAGGUGUUGAGCAACACACCAGAGGACAUUAAAACCCAUCAAAGCAACGUAACAGACAUGGAGGUAGACGAUAAGCCUUCUGUCCUGGAACACCUAAACAGCACCACUACUCCCCUAAAAGGUCAAACUGAAUGCCUGGGGAAGGAUUCAGCAUCAGUGCUUGAGGUGCUAAACUCAGAUACUUAUUCCAUCCAUGGAACUGGAACUGCAGUUGAAGUUGCUGGGGAAUCAGUGAAGUCAGUACUAACAUCACCCUGUAAGAGCAGCGAGGCUGUCUCUGCCUUGCCUCAGCGUCUGUGUGAACAGUCAGGAGAUCAGCUGUCUGUGGAGGAAACAAGCACGUGCCUAAAGAAUGUGUCUUUGUCUCGGCUGCCUGCGCAGCUGGGUGGGGAGGUUACACAGAACCACAGACAGACAGAGAGAGAGUGGAAUGGAACACCUGUCGGGCAAGAACCUGUAAUACUAACCAUCCGGAGAAAGCUGGACGGACAAUCACCUUCGCCACAACAACGUUCUCCAUCGUCAUCGGACAGAGAAGUCACAGCAAAUGCCAACAAACGGUCUCCUACUUUGCACAAUCCUCCGAGCCGAUCGGCCUCUGACAAAAUGACGCAGGGCACACAGGAUCAUUCCAGGGGAUCAAGUGAGAGCCAUACAUUACCUUUUACAGAGCCACUAAAGUCACCCCUGGAAAGCCCGGGUGUUGGUGAGAAAACCUUGGGGUGUAGUGUUUCCUCAGUAGGCCAGCAAGGCGAAGUUAAGAUAGCUAUAAAAACCGUUGGUGAGACAGAAAUACAAGUUGACGUUAAAGUACAGGGUAAUCAUUUGGCUGAGUUACAUGCACAGGGAGGCAGUUAUGAGAGAAGGGCUGACAUGGAAACUGUUUAUAAAGUUAGCAAAGUUCAGGAAGGUGAAAUUGAAAGACUUACGAAAGCACCUGAAAAGAAAACCGUUGAAAGUAUAGCAGUGGCUGUAUGGGAUGAGAAGAGUAUACCUGUGUUGAAGAUAGCAGAAUGCCAAGGUCUUUCUCUAAAACCCCGCUUUCAGCCUAUUAUUCCAGACACAUCACAGACGGCAGACACAACAACAAGUGUCCCAAACACAAACAUCUCAGAGCAACAAACAAAAGCCCCAACACCUGUAGCCAAAGUAAUGUCUAUUGCCGAUAUUCUAAGGUCACAAAUGGAGAAAAGUGCCCCUACAGAAGUAAGUCCAGUGCCACCAAUUUCAGUGGCACCUAUUUCAGUAGCUACCAUUUCAAUGCCCCUUAUACAAAGUCUAAACACAGACCAACAACCUAAAUGUCCCCCAUCAACUGACAUACAGGAUGUGAGAAUGCAAAGUCCAGAGUUGAGGAUGGAUGAGACAGAGUACAGGCAGGAACCUGAGAAAGACACUUGUAAGAAGGAAACCGAUACGUCUGUCGGUUCUAUUUCAGCUUCAAAUGUAGAAUAUAGAUUUAAUACCUAUGAACCAGAACGAUUUGAGUCCCCCAUAGUUACUCCUAUGACUGAAGCCUCACCUAAAGCUUUUGUUAUUCCUCCUAUUUCUAUUGUAGACAUGGAUGGCACUUUAGAGAACAGUAAUCCUCCUGUAUGUAUAUUAACCGACAUUGAAUGUGUCAUGGAUACAGACCAGGAGCAUCUUUUGGACCAUAAUGCUGAUAUUAGUCUGGCUGCGAAUAAGGAUGGUCAAAAAAAGUAUUCUCUUGUUACUCCAGAGCAGAAGUCCUUGGACAUUACAGUUCCUCCUACAUCCAUCUCAUCUGUUACCUUCACUGCAGAGAAACAACAAACACUAGAAAAUACAGUCAAAGAGAUGGAUUCUUCACACUCACUGCCUCCAGUGUUCACCAGUCAACAUGGCAGAGACAAAAGAUGUGCUUCUCCCCUUUCGGAGCGUUCAACAGAAUCUAGCUCACUUCCUAGUGCCACUGAGAACCAAAGUUUUUCUACAAAAAAUACAGGAUUUACAAACAACAUUGCAACCCCUACAUUGCAACCUGUCAGUGAAAAACGGAAAGACUCUUCACCAGAUACUGGUAUUAUUUUAGGUCGGAGUGAAGCAUGCAAACCUGAUGUUCCUCAGCCUGGUCCUCAGACAGUACGAAGGUUUGAUACCAAGGGUUCCCCAAGUAGUGAGACAAAAGGGUAUGUACCUGUUCCCACCAUUCCGUUGGAUAGCAAAAGCUCUCCAUCCAAGGAGGUGAACGUUGAGGAAUAUUCAAAGCCAGACUCUUCAACAUCUGUCUCAGUCACUGAAAGCAGUACUGGCCUGCUGAAGGAAUCAGACAGUGUGUCCCCCAUGCCCUCAGCCACCCCACAGGAGCUGGCCUCUGGCGCUAGACGCAAAAUCUUAAUCCCGAAACCCAAAGGAGAGGACCCUGAAGCUGUUGCUUCACAGAUUGACACCCAGAGCCCUCAGAGAGAGGGGGUCCUCAGGAUGAGCUCCAGGCUAUCCCCAGAGUCCUCCUCUCCCAUGUCCCCUGGUCUGUCCCGCAGGUCGCCCCUGCUGCAGCCCCCUAAUGGCCAGCGCACCCCUCCAACAGAGAGACGCUCCCCACUGCUCAGUAGGAGGAAGCUGGCUCCAACACCAGAGACCCUCAAACAGAGCCAGGAACCUGCCCUGGAGACAACAGACACUACCAAGACUGAGGAGAAACCAGCUAAGAAGGACAAGCAUAACCCAUUCAAAGCUCCUCAGGUCAUCAGGAAGAUUAGAGGAGAGCCCUUCUCAGAUGCGGCAGGACAUCUGAAGCUGUGGUGCCAGUUUUUCAACGUUCUUAGUGACUCCACAAUUAAGUGGAUCAAGGAUGAGGUGGAGAUCGCUGAGGUUAAAAGAAGUGCAGGAGAUGAGACUCAGGUAGCCUUGGCUAUUGUCCAGACAUCCAGCAGAGACUGUGGAGUUUAUGGCUGCACCAUCACUAAUGAAUACGGGACAGACACAACAGACUUCCUACUGAGUGUUGACAUACUCUCUGGCAUGUUUCUGCGUGAGGAUCAAGAAGUGGGAGAGGAGAUAGAGAUGAGUCCACUACUGUUCACCAAGGGCCUGGCUGACUCUGGCGUCUGGGGAAGUAAGUUCUUUGGGCGUAUCGUGAUGGAGGAGGCCCAUAUAGGAGAGGGCUGCUCCCACAAGGCCUGCAGAGUGAAGGUCAUCUAUGGGCUGGAGCCAGUGUUUGAGUCUGGGACCACAUGUUACAUUAAGGUGAAGAGCCCCAUCGCCUACUACGGAGUCAAGGAGGAGAGCAACCUGGUCGAGAGGAACCUGGCAAUCACCCAACAGGAAUGUCGACUUCAGAACAUUGCUCGUGAAUACUGCAAGAUCUUUGCUGCGGAAUGUAGGGUGAUAGGAACCUUUGGAGAAGCGCUGGAAGUGAUCCCAGUCCACCUUAUAUAUCGGCCUGCCAACACCAUUCCCCAUGCUACGGUGGAGUCUGACCUGAAGGGGGUCUAUCUGAGGUACUGUCUGAUGGACGCUACAGGCCGGCUGGUCAUGAGAACUGGCUCAGAGGCGGCACUGAAGUGUUGUGCUCUGCAGCACUGGAUCCUCCAGUGGACCAAUGGAAACAUGCUGCUCACUCGGAUGGAAGGUGUUGACUUCAAGAUCACAAACGUUGGAAUUUCCAUCAAAUCGAAAGGGUACCAAAGUCUCACGAUCACAGAGAACCCCAAUGUGUUUGAGCAGUUUGUCUCUCAGCACCAGUGUAACUACUACUGCGGCCUCCUCAGCCUGAGGUCCCUGAAGACACAGGACUCCCUGCAGACCCCAGCCAAACCCAAGUGCUCCAGGAGCCCCCUGCUCCACCGCAGGAUGGGCGGCUCCUCCAGUCCCCAGCCCUCCAGGAAGGCCACAGGAAGCCCCCGGCUGAUCAGAAAGCCAGCACAGCCAGAGGACAGCAAAGCCACCGCCAAGUACAAGGCCGUUGAUGACCCCAAUGUUGUCCGAAGUUAGAAUGGAUUCAUCGGCCGUAGAAAGCAAGCAACUGCUUUUCUCAAUAAAGAGAAUAAAUGCUGAACCAGAUAUGGAAUUACUGCCAGACUUGUCCUCCCACCUAUAGAGCUUUCGGGGAGCUGGGAGCCGGUCUGGGAUGAAAGGCUGGUGACCCCUCCUCCAAGCUGUGACAGACAGACAGACAGACAGACAGACAGACAGACAGACAGACAGACAGACAGACAGACAGACAGACUCAGAGCCCGGGGUCCCAAAAGAAAGAUGAGAUCAGAAGGAGAAAGAGAAGGCCAGGUGAAGGAAGAACUUGAAUGUUUCCAGAAAUGACAGAAGCUUCAUCCACAUUUUUUUAUGAAUUCUGUGUUAAAAUAAACAAUGAAAUGCCACCUCAGUUUCAAUGGGCAUGGUCUCUGUUGCCAGAAUCAGAGACAAUGAAAUUAAUGACUACACUAGUAUGUCCUUCAAAUUAUUAAAUUAAACAUUAAUUUCACUAAUGAAUACAUUCUUAAUUUAUUGAGUAGAUCACAUAACAUUUUAGGCUAAGGCUUUCACAUUAUACAGGGUAGGCUACCUGGAUUCGUAUUGCAUAUUAGUAAUAAUUCGGAGUAGUAAUUCACAGUAGUAAUUCACAAGGUUAGCACGCCAGCUCGAUUCAGGUCCCAACAACAUGAACAUCUGGGGGAAACACAUUUAAAGGGAUUGUUGAGGAGUUAAAUGUUAUUUUCAAUGGUGUACAGUGCUCAGGAUAAUAGUUCUGUUAAGAAAACUAUGCCCUAAGAAUGUAGCGUAUAUUGUAGUCCAUGACACUGUGAAUAAAAACGUGGUGCUUUUUAUACUGUAAAUGUGCCUACGUUUUCAUAUUGCAGUGUACGACAUUCAUAGACAAUGCUCACUGGAUGCAA